GGAAGUGGGCCGGGGAGGCCGGAAGCGGCGCUGACGAGGGGCUGGCGGAGCGGGGCGCUGGCCGGUGAGCGGGGUCGUGGGGAGGCCCGGCAGGAGCUGCGCGUCCGGGACGCUUUGCUGCUUAUCUACAUUUUGGAAGACUCAAUCUGUUUGUCAAGCAGCCUGACCCUUCUCUGUGGCUUUACUGACACCAGGUAGCAAAACUAGUUGCAGGCUUCCAUACCCUUUGGGAUGUGUAAUUGAGCAUGCUGCUUCAACACAAAAUAUGAACCUUUUAGACCUUCUCAGACACAGAGCACUCAACCCAACUGCUGCAGUAGAGAGAAAUCUGUGCCACCAUGGCUAGAAGAGGGAUUUAACUCUUGCAGAAAGAAGAAGUGAGUGUUAGCCCAGGAAGUGGCAGUUAUCCUGCUUUGGGUCUUCCCAGGUAGCUUCAAAUAGGCAUUGCCGAUGGAUGAACUGGUGCAUGACUUGGCUUCAGCUUUAGAGCAGACUUCAGAGCAAAACAAACUGGAUGAGCUAUGGGAAGAGAUGGCCCUAAGCCCACGGCAGCAGCGGCGUCAGCUUCGCAAGAGACGGGGUCGUAAACGACGCUCAGACUUCACGCAUCAGGCAGAACAUGCCUGCUGCUACAGCGAGGCCUCAGAGUCGAGCUUGGACGAAGCUGUUAAGGAUUGCCGUGAGGUGCUGACAGCUAAUUUCAGUGACUCUGAUGACAUGGCAGUGGUCAAACGACAUCCAGCUCUUAGUGCCACCCUGAGGAGCAAGCAACACUUGUGGCAUGAGUCAGACUCCUUUACAGAGAAUGCACCCUGUCGACCUCUCAGGCGUCGACGGAAAGUCAAACGUGUGACAUCAGAGGUGGCUGCCAGUCUCCAGCAGAAGCUCAGGGUGUCAGAAUGGAACUAUGAGAGAGGCUGCAGGUUCAAGUCAGCCAAGAAACAGCGUCUUUCACGCUGGAAAGAGAAUGCCCCUUGGACAUCAUCCAGUCAUGGCCUUUGUGAGUCAGGAGAGAACAGGCCCUUCCUCAGCAAUGGGGGAAGGAAGGAGCGGAUGGAGUGUGAAGCUGAUGAUCAGAAACAGGGCUCAGAUGAAAACAUGUCGGAAUGUGAAACCAGCAGUGUUUGCAGCAGCAGUGAUACUGGCCUGUUUACCAAUGAUGAAGGCCGCCAAGGAGAUGAUGAGCAAAGUGAUUGGUUUUAUGAAGGAGAAUGUGUUCCAGGAUUCACUGUCCCCAACCUUCUUCCCAAGUGGGGAGCUGAUCACCGAUCUGAAGUGGAGAGGAUUGACUCAGGCCUGGACAAGCUCUCUGUUUCCACCUUCCUAUUGCCCUCACGGCCAGCUCAGAGAGGAUUUCAUGCUCGUCUGAAUCGCCUUCCAGGAGCUGCUGCCCGUUGUCUCCGUAAAGGUCGGAGGAGGCUGGUUGGCAAGGAGACCUCCAUGAGCACUCUGGGAACCGAGAGGCUAGGUCAUAUUGUUAAUGAUCCACGCCAGAAAGAAAUGAACACAGUGCUGGCUUCUGAUUUCCCACACACUGUGGCCUGUGCACAUGAGUUCAAUCCAUUAUCUCCUCUGUACUCUCUGGAUGUGCUUGCUGAUGCUUCCCACCGAAGAUGCUCACCAGCACACUGCACUGCCAGGCAAGCAAAUGUCCACCUGGGACCACCAUGUUCAAGGGACAUCAAGAGGAAACGAAAGCCAGCUGCAGCCUCCAUGUCUAGCCCAACAUCAGCAACUUUAUCUGUCCACAUGGAUGCAGCAGAGUCAGAGCUACCAGCAACACCAUCCUUGAGAUCCCAGAACUCUGAGUGGACUGGGAAAACACCAGCAGCUGAGAAAUCUACUAUUGCUGCCUCCAGUAACUUUUUUAAAAUGCCACCAGAGAAGAGCCCUGGAUACAGCUAAAAGGAAGCAUUGUAACUGUAAAAGCUUGCUCGAUUUUGGAAGUGUUUGAUUCUGGUGUUUGUCUGCACUAAACAUCUUGUUUGGCAGUAGUGGUAUCUUCAGUAUUGGUGCGUGAUGCGUGCCAUCAUCCAGGCUGGUCUGUGUGCCUCACACACCUUAGUUAUGUUUGUGAAUCUAUGCUUAAGAAAAGGUAAUCAGUGUUGGGACUGCAGUGGCUUUUAGAAAGUUUCCUGCUAUCACUGUAUUUAUUAAGAAUUCAUCUCUUUCCCUGGAUCCAGCUCAUAUGUAAUGGGUCACGUACAGGUUCUUUUGGGUUUUCAGAUGUUUAUCCACCCCCUGGACAUGUUGCUUGUUUGUGUAUUUGGCAUUUUCAGGUUGAAAGUCCCACUGCCAUUCAGGGAGGCAGGAGUCUCCCUCUGCUUGCUUCCUGGCCAGAAGGAUUUCUUGGCUGGGGAAUGAGGAGGGAAUACGAACACAUUGCAACAUGAAACCUGAAUCCUGUAUUAGCAGAAUGUUUUCUAGCCAUGUGCUAAUGGACUCAAAUCAUGUUGCUUCUGGAAAAGCAAAUAUGGUGCUUAUCUACGUAGAAAUUGCCAUUAGCUCACAGGCAGCAUUUGUCCGUUAGACCUUUUCCUUCUCCCUUGUUCUGAAUGUCUUUAGUCUUGUGUAUUGCAUGUUCAUUCCUAAACCUCCUACUGAAUAAGGAUUUGGGAGAGCUACUUGGAUGUAAAUGUGCAAGCUGGUGUCCUGGAUGGAAACCGAGACCCUUGAAUAUUGUUGCAGUAUGGUAGAAGAUUACACAAAACAUCCGUAUCUCAGUGUUUAAAUUAAAAAAUGUCUGUUAGUGUUUCUAAAGGAUGCUUGUUGAAGUUAACAUGCCAUUGAACAAAUAAGCCAUUUAAGGUGUCACCUGAGGUCAGAGCAUUAUGGAUAUAGAUCAGACUCCUGUAUCAUGCUCUCUCUCCCUUCAAAAGUACUGUCUGCUAUACCUACUGGAGGUGUCUCCACCUGCUGAUGACUGCACAUUACACUGCAGUGUACACUGAAGAGAUUCUCUUCAUAGAACUUCCACUUGGUCUGCUGUUACCUUCUGUGUUGCAGAAUAUAUAGACAAGGGUUUCUUCUCUCUAAUAACUCUGGAGCUUAUCUUGGACGAUGUUUUCAGGACAUGUACCUGUAUAGUAUGUGCCAAGGAACAAGUGGCCUCACAGCUUCUUAAGUCCUUUAAAAAUAGGAUCUAUUUGUAUGAAUAGAACUUUUUGCUUUCCUUGUGUGGAGCUUUCAGACAGGACAGUUUAAACUUGUAAAAUCUAUUUUGAUUGUGGCUAUGCAUCUAGUACUCUUAAUCAGAUAGCAAAAUUUGCUUGAUUUUAGUGAUUUUGCAGUGUUCUGCUCUCUUAUGAAUCAAAUGACUGAGGGACAGAUUUUAUUGGGGGAACAUGAAGCGGUGAUUUAUAUUAACUGUGUAUUAAAAUGGGAAAUGGUCAUAAUAUACAUGAAACAAACUGAAUGACUUGCUAAAUCAUGAUUGACAAAUAUAGUUAGUUAUACUAUAUGCACACUGUGUCUGAUCCUCUAAUACCUACUUAUUCUUGGGGAGACAUCCAAAUUGGAUUUAUAUUUCGCAUCACAAGCAAACUGUCAGAUCUGUCACUAUAAAUCCUUCUCAAAACUCU